AUGUUGAAAUAUUCCCUUCUCAUUUUGUCUGCUAUUUUGGCAGUUUGCGCUUGUGUGAGUGCUGCUGUGACAUCUCCAUUGACCACUAGAGUUUAUUUUGGUGGUUCUUUUGCUUCCUUUAACGGAACCACAUUCAACAACAUUGGCUACUAUGAUUUGAAGGAACAAGCAUUCAAGGCCAUGUCCAAUGGUACUGAUGGUCCUGUUCAUGUUGUUCACGUUGAUUUCUUUGGUAACGUUCUCAUUGGUGGUGCUUUCACUCAAGUCGGUUCUCUCAAGACUGGACCUAUUGCCAUGUGGAGAAUCGAUACAGCACAAUGGACUUCUGUAACUUCUACCAUUUCAUUCAAUUCUGGUGCUUCUGUGAGUGUCAUUGAUACCAACUGUGCCAACAUUGCCACGAGCACUAGUGCAUUCCCUUGUGAUAUUUUCAUUGGAGGUCAAUUCACUAUUACUAGUCCAGCUGCAACGAACAUUGCUUACUACAAGUAUAGUGAUAAAGAGUGGAAGGCAUUCUCUGGUUUCACUGCUAACUCUGUGAGUGCCAUUGCAAAGAACGAAUUCCAAACCACCACUCUGAAUAAGGUCUUCUUGGGAGGUAACUUUACCUCUUCCUCAAAAACCUAUGGAUUUGGUAUUUAUGAUACUUCCAAGAGUACUUUUACUGGAGUCGAUGGUGUAUCUGGUGUGACUGAUAUUUACUUUAAUCCAAACUUGUUCUCAUCGGAUGAUAUUUUCGUUGUUGCCACCACAUUCCCAUCCACCACUCAAUGUGUGGGAUUGUGUACCUACAAACAUACGGAUGGAUCUUGGAGCACCAAGGCUGGUUCCGAUCCCAUGACUACCAUCCGAAAACUUGCUUACAUGAAGGGUACUUCAGUAUCCAGUGUUGGAACAGUCUUUAUUGCUGGUAGCAGUGGUGUCAAGAAGGCAACUGCAGGAGGAACUUUCUCAUCAUUUGGUUCUCCCAAUGUGAAUGUCUAUGGAAUGGAUAUUUGUGGUACUGCCAGCAAUGAAGCUCUUACUUAUUGUAGUCAAGGAUCAGUGGCUGCAGGUGGUCAAGACUUUUUAUACUUUUACAAUGCCAAGACCAAUGCUUGGACCAAUUUGUUGAGUGCUUACACUUCAAGCAAUUAUACUGUGCAAAUUAAUUCCAUCUAUGUGAAGGUGUCUAGUGCUGUGAGAAUGAGUGUUUCAAUGGUGGUUUUGAUGAUUGCUUUGAUUGCAUCUGUAUUCUUCUUCUAA